AUCAUCACUUUCAUUUAAACCUGACUGCUUAUUCCUCUAUCUCUAUCUCUCUAUUUAGCCCUGUUUGCAAUGGCCAAACCCUUUUCAAGAUCACUAGAGCUUCAAAUAAACAAUGUUACCAAGAACUUAAUGCAAGGUUUAAUAGUAUUUAGUGUUGUUUUGUUGGUAAUGGUUCAAAAUUCAGCUGUGGGUGCAAUUCAAUUCAAAGUUGGAGGAGAAAAGGGAUGGAGUUUGCCAAGUGAUAAUCCUAAUGCACUUACUUACAACCAAUGGGCAGAGAUGAAUCGGUUUCAAGUUGGAGAUUCUUUAUUAUUUGUUUACCAGCCAGAUAAUGACUUGGUGAUGCAUGUAAACAAUGUCGAUUACACAAAUUGCAAUACAGCGACACCCAUUGUAACUUAUAGCGAUGGAAACUCUGUGUUUACAUUCAACCAGUCCGGACCUUUUCAUUUCAUAAGUGGGAUUAGAAAGAACUGCCUCAAGAAUGAAAAGUUGAUUGUCGUAGUUAUGUCUGAUAGAAGCGGUGACCAUUCUUCGAACUCGAACCAGACAACCUCAGAUUCUCCUUCUCCUGCACCUUCAGAUAGUUCUACUUCCCCUCCUCCUGGCGAAAUUGAAAUCGUUCCAGCUCCUGAUGGAAUGGAGUCUCCUUCUUCGCCACCAACAGACUCGAUUGUUAUUAGCCCUACUUCAGCUCCUCCAGGACUAGAAUCUCCUCAGUAUUCUUCAUCUCCAUCUCCAGUUAAGUUUGCCAGCUUCAUAGUUUCGCUUGGAGCUUUUGUUGGUUUCUCGGUUCUCCUAGACUUGUAAGUGACCAAGUUCAUGCAUUUGUUCACACCAUUUCUCCUUUUGCUUAAUGCUUCUUUUUAUUUAUUUGGUGCUCCUUCCUGUUGACUUAAUUGCAUUUGUUUGUAAAAUUCGAGAAUCAAGCUUUAUGAGCUCCACUUACAAGAUGUUGUAUCCUAAUAUAAAUGCUCAGGCUAUUCACUAUGUAAAAAUUGUCUGCAAAAAUAUAGCCCUGGUUAUUUGUUCCUU